AGCAAAAGUUGCAUGCUGUCGCACGUUGUUUACGUCCGUAUAACCUGCAUUUUUUCGUGAAUUACUGUUUAAUAAAGUUUAAUUGGCUUACAAAUAGUGAUAAUGGUGAAAAGGGGUGCUAAAACCUCUAUAUCAGAGGACGAGGAGGCAUCUCAGUUGUUAAAUGAAAGUGGGUCAAAGAAUUCAGAGCCCGCAAAGAAACGCUUAAAAACUAAAAGUUUGUAUCGACAACCGACGGUAAACGAACUGAACAGACUUCAAGAAACUGAGAACUUAUUCAACUCAAACUUAUUUCGCCUCCAAAUAGAGGAAAUAUUACAAGAGGUAAAGUUGAAAGAGAAAACUGAGAAAAAAAUUCAAACUUGGUUUGAAGGCUUAAAAAAGCAUCUAGAAAAUAUCCCUGAGGAUGACACAGAAUAUGAUUUGACUGAAAAAACCUUAGUUAAGAAACUCAAGGUUAAAUUACCAGUGAAAAAUGAGCUAGACAAGACAAAAUGUGUCUUUAAAUUUCACAAGUUUAAAAAUGUAGAACUGGUCGGUUCGUAUGCAUUAGGAUGUUCUAUAAACUCCAAAUUGGUAGUAGAUAUCCAAAUAAUAGUACCCGCAGAGACUUACACCAAAAACGACUCAAUAAACUACAGAUAUCAUAAGAAAAGAGCAGCAUAUUUAGCAUAUGUUGCCUCACAUUUAAAAACAUUAGAAACUAUUGAGGAUCUCUCAUAUUCCUUUUUAAAUAGAUGUCAAACACAACCAGUCCUGGAUUUUAAACCUGUCGGUAAAUUGGGGAACAACAUAACAGCCCGCAUUCACAUUGCUUGUGAAGCUGAAGCAUACAAGUUGCACCGUUUCGGCCCUGCUCGUAACAACUUACGAGAGACAUGGUUAUUAAAUAAAGAGAACGAAAAUAACUUGGAUGUUGGACCUCCUACCCCAUAUUACAACAGUAGUGUACUCUCUGAUAUAACAGCAGCAGCAAAUAUAGAUUUCCUAAAAGAAACACUAAGUAACAGUGAAAAUCUGAAGCAAGCAGUAGUGCUGCUGAAAAUAUGGCUUCGGCAGAGGAAGUUACAAGUCUCUGGGUUUGUUAUCAGUAUGCUGGUCGCACAUCUGGUUCAGACAAAGAGGAUCAACAAUAUUAUGAGCAGUUAUCAGAUUAUUAGGAAUGUCUGGAUUUCAUUAAAGACCUCCCAAUGGGACAAAGGCAUCUCCCUCCACAAGGACACCAGCUCUCCGCCCGCCUCAGAGUUCAACUUCCCCGUAGUAUUCCUCGAUACCACCGGCUAUUACAAUAUUUGCUGGCAGAUGAGUGCUGGGACAUAUGAGGCGUUGAGGCGUGAGGCGAGUUUAGCGGUGGAUAUGUUGGACGAUGGCAGUGUGAAUAGCUUCAUACCAUUGUUUAUGACACCGGUGACGCCGUUGCUGCAGUAUGAUUAUAUUUUGAGGUUCAAAAACUUCCCAAAACUGAAGCAAGCAGUCCUAUCCAAAGCGCCCUUGGACUCCAAGGUGAACUAUGGAAUAGAGGAGCUACCUCUAGUAGUUGAAACUUUACACUCGCUUUUGACAAAAGGCCUGACGUCUAGAGCUGAUCUGAUCCAGCCUAUGGUGGAGGCUGACUUCUCCUGGCCUGUUGGGAAGGCGUAUGAGAAAGUGAAAGAUGGGCACGAAGAGAAACUGUACUUUGGCUUCGUCUUGAACCAGGAGCACGCGCUGAACAUCAUUGACAAGGGUCCCGCUGCCAAUUUGCCUGAGGCUGAAGAGUUCAGAGGUUUUUGGGGCGACAAGUCCGAACUGCGGCGGUUCCAAGAUGGCUCCAUCACAGAGACGUGCGUGUGGGAGGGAGACACACUAUCGGAGCGCCGCUCUAUCCCACGACAAAUCGUGGAAUACCUUCUCAAGAUGAAGUAUGACAUCCCACCCACAGACCUAUUCCACAUUCUCGAACAGCUGAACUCUCUCACAACCCGCAAACAGUACACGCGCGAAAAAAGAAUCGAGAGCGAGGAGAGCGCUCUAACGGCGUUACAGGCGGCCGAUGAUUUACGCAGGGACUUGCGCGCGCUUACGCAGUUACCGUUAGAUGUCAGCGCUGUUUAUGGAACGUCAUCAGUGUUCAGCUACUGCGAUCCCACACCGCCAAUGCCGGCGCCGCCAUACAAUCCGUGGCGGCGAGGUGGCACGUGUCUGAUCAAGGAUAUAGAGAAAGACGGCGUUUUCCAAGCGCCUGAGUUUGUGCCUGUUUGCGAAACCGUUGUUGAGUUGGGUCACAGCGGCAAAUGGCCCGGCGAACUAGAAGCCUUCCGUUGCCUAAAAGCUGCCUUCAACCUCCAAAUAGCAGACAGAUUAAAUAAACAGUUCGAUCUGCCAACCCACGCCUACCCGACGCAUAUAGACGUCUUGAAGAAUGGACUUGUUUUCAGGCUGGUUAUAGCGCACCCGAAGGAGAUCACUCUUUUGAGGAGAGAGGUGGAGAAUGGAGUAGUAAAAUUCAAGGAGAGUGAAGAGAGUAUUAAAUUGCAGCGAGACACGGUCCUAUUGCCCCGACUUAGGGGCGCUUUACAUGGCCUGCACCAACGCCACCCCUCCUUCGGAGUAUCCUCCUGCCUCCUCCAACGCUUCAUCUCCGCCCACCUCCUCGCCCCCCACUUCCCUCCCCUCGUCUCCUCGCUCCUCACAGCCCGAGUGUACACCUCGCCGUCUCCUCACGCCGUGCCGGUUGUACCUCAAGUCGGGUUCAUGAGGAGUUUGAGGUUGUUGUGCGAGACGAAUUGGGGGAGCGAGAUGGUGGUGGUGGAUUUUAAUGGUGAUAUGAAACGUGAAGACCUCCUAGAAAUCGAAACAAAAUUCUCCCAACGUGACGCCACAGCGCCAUACAUGUACAUAGUGACGUCAUACGACGGCGACCUACCCUCCGUAUGGACCAUGCAAGAGCCGACCAAGCAUACUGUUUUACGUGCACAAGCUUUGGCCAGAAACACACUCACUUUCAUUGAGAAUAAGCUGAUGAAAGACAUGCUUGAUAAUGUAUUGAGUGCCUUCGUCCCGUCCUACGCCGGUUACGACGUACUAAUCCACCUCCACCCCACACUGACUCCAUAUUUGUCCGAGCGGGUCGACGUGAAGCCGAAACCUAAAUCGUUACCUGACGGCGCCGGUGACGUCAUACCGGUUGUGGAGUUCAACCCUGUGACGAGAUACUUGGAUGAACUAAGGAGUGCAUACAGCAGCUUCGCUCUGUUCUUCCACGAUUACUACGGCGGUGAAAUAAUCGCAGUUCUGUGGAAACCAGACAUUGCAGACGUGAAAGAGUUCCAGGUGGCAAACGCGAGCGCCCUGCGGCCAACAGGCAAAGGGGACACGUACAAAGUGAACACGGCGGCCAUUAUUGAAGACUUCAAGAUACUGGGCGCGGGGUUAGUGAAACAUGUCACUGUUAAUACGUAGAAUAUUUACGAGUAAUAUAGCUGUUACACUGAUUAAAUG